UAUCUUUCUCUCUUUGUUACCUCGGGCAGCAUAGAGCUCCGGACUGCUUCUCCUCAAUCCGCUCUUUCAUCGAAGCCACCUCUGGUAUCUCCUGGUAUUAGCGCCUUCCCUGAAAACCUUGCUGGGGUAUCGUUAUCUGGCGAUCUGUCAACGGACCCCUUUUGCUUCAAAGGCUUCUCUCCACCCCAGAUCUGGCAACACGUCUCGCAGCUGUGUAAUAACCUGAUAGAACACUUCUCUUGCCACACACCGAGUCCUUUCAGCCAUAAUGAAUACUCAAGAGACAUGGAAGGUCGCCCUGUUUGGUGACGGCGCCGUCGGAAAAACAGCUAUCGCGGUGAAGUUCACACGUGGAACUUUCCUCGAGACUUACGAUCCGACAAUCGAAGACUCGUACCGUAUCCACACUUCAUUUCAAGGUCAACCCGCAUUCCUGGAGCUUGUGGACACAGCGGGUCAAGAUGACUACGCUACUCUACGCGAUCAAUGGCUUCACGAAGGCGAUGCGUACGUCCUAGUGUACGCUGUAUCCUCAAGAAAAUCGUUCAUGCGACUAUUGAACAUGGAAGCAACCCUUAAGCGAGCCCGCCAGAAAUCCAGCCAUAUUUACCCUGUUUCAAUGCUCAUCGGAAACAAGUACGACCUUACCGAUCAAGCAGGGGGGCGUGCAGUAGGUGCACAGGAAGCAUACGAGCUCGCCCAGCGGUAUGGGUGUUUUUAUAUGGAGACCUCGGCGAAGUCGGGGUACAACAUCACCAAAAUGUUCGAGACCAUCGUCCUCGCCCUCCGCAAUCGCCAUGCUGGCCGACCGAGCACUGGACCACCCGGGACGAUCUGGGGUGGUUCUCUCCCUGUCUCACCUAUCAAUAAUGUGCCUUCUGCAUUCCGAUACCCGCCCGCUUCUGCUCCUCCCGCUUCCUACGCCCGUGGUGCCGGCCCGAGCGACCCCUAUGGGUCCCGCACCCGCCAGGGAUCUACACCUGCCCUGCGUCCAAGUGCCUCCGCAUACCCUCUUCCACGCUCACCGUCUCUGCACGGAAGGUCACCGCCCGUCUCCGGCUCAUCAAAGCAGCUCAGGGGACGAAGCAGCACCUCCGCAUUACGUUCUCCGAACGCAGUGCCUCCGCCACCUGUCCCACUUGUACCCGUUAACCCCCGUUCCCCGGUUAUGCCCAGUACCCCAAGUACGGCGCGAUCAACGUCACGCUUCAACGACCGACAGCAAGCGAGGACUGAGAAGAGCGCGAAGGUAGAGCAGGAGAAGAAAGGCAGGGGUCUGUUUGGAGGAGGCGGUCGCUCCGGUCGCGGACCAGAAAGUGCAGGUGACGGCGGCGGGGAUGGAAAAGGUGGGAAAGGUGGGCACUGCAUCAUCUGUUGA